AUGCGGGGCAGUCCUGCCUUCCUCGCCAUAUUACUGGGCACAAUAUUCGGUGUCCUCGGCGCGUCCCUCAGCAAAGCGUUGAGGUACAAAGCGCCGGACGAGUGCAAGUGGGUAGCGACCGGCGACACCGAGGACGACGUAUCGCUGGUCUGCCGCCUGCGUACGAUCAACAGCGAGCUGGAGAACACGAACUUUAGCGUGAUACAGCCCCAGCACACGGUCCGCUUGCGGCUCGAAUGCAGCGACGCGUUGUUCUACCAGAGCUCGCUGAGCGCGGGCAGCUUCAGGCCGCUGGUCGAGCUCCGGGAGCUGGUGAUCGAGUAUUGCAAGAUCGGCAAUCUGUCCGACGACGCGUUCAAGGGGUUGAAGGAGCUCAGGAAUCUGACCGUCAGAACGCACAACACCGACUGGUCGGCGAUGGCGUUGGACGUGUCCGCUGGGGCGUUCACCGACGAGCUUAGACAACUGGAAAAGCUCGAUUUAGGGGAGAACAAUAUGUGGAGCAUACCGGAGGGCACACUGUGCCCCCUGGUUAACCUAGAGAUACUGAACCUGACGCGUAAUCGGCUCAGGGAAGUGACCAGCUUCCGGUUCAACGGGGUAGCCAGGUGCCUGUCGAACCUGAAAGAGCUGGACUUGAGCAACAACAGCGUUGAAUCGUUGCCGAGCGCCGCGUUCUCCGGACUAACCAGGCUACACAGCUUGGACCUGCGUUGCAACGCCAUCAGCUUCAUGGCGGACCGCGCGUUCGAGGGACUCUCAUCGUUGGCCAUCUUGAGGCUCGCGGACAACCGGCUCGCCAGCCUGCCGCCGGAAUUGUUCAGCGACGCGAGGAGCAUACAGGAGAUUCACUUGAGGAACAACACGUUGAACGUGUUGCCUCCGGGUUUGUUCAGUGAACUGACGCAAUUGUUGGUGCUUGAUCUAGCUCACAACGAGCUGACCGCCGAGUGGGUGAACGCGGCUACGUUCGGUGGUUUGGUACGUCUGGUGGUGCUCGAUCUCUCGAACAAUCGUAUCGGCCGUUUGGAUCCGACGGUGUUCCGCGACCUCUACAGCCUGCAGAUACUCCGGCUGCAGGAGAAUCUGCUCGAAAGCCUGCCGGAGAACACGUUCUCCGCGCUCUAUAAUCUACACACGUUGCUGCUCAGCGAUAAUCUGCUGACCGUUAUCGACGCGACCACGCUCAGCGGCCUCUACGUGCUGAACCUCCUCUCGCUGGACAACAACCGGCUGCACACGAUCCACCCGAGCUCCCUGAGGAACGCUUCCUCCCUUCAGGAGUUCCACCUGAACCGUAACCAACUGAAAUCGGUGCCGGACGCGCUGAAAGCCACACCCCUGCUGCGUACCCUCGACCUCGGCGAGAACCUCAUCUCGGAGAUACCGACCGGCACGUUCGACCACGUGGCGCAGCUCUACGGGCUGCGGCUCACCGAAAACCACAUCGGGAACCUGACCAAGGGCGUGUUCGAUCGUAUCAAAGAGCUGAAGAUAUUGAAUCUCGCGAUGAACCGGAUACAGUACAUCGAACCGGGCACCUUCGACGAGAACCUGAAUCUGCAAGCGAUACGGCUGGACGGGAACCAACUGACCGACAUCGCCGGGCUGUUCACCAAUCUGCCGAACCUGGUCUGGCUGAACGUCAGCGACAACAAAUUGAAAUGGUUCGACUACGCGAUGAUACCGACCGGUCUCCAAUGGCUCGAUAUCCACUCGAACGAGAUACGGGAGCUGGGCAACUAUUUCGAGAUCGAGAGCCAGCUGCAGCUAAGCACCUUCGACGCCAGCGAGAACAAGCUCACCGAGAUCACCGGGAACGCGAUACCGAUGAGCGUGGAACGGCUCUAUCUGAACGACAACCAGAUAUCCAAGGUUCAGAGCUACUCGUUCUUCAAGAAGCCUAACCUGACUCGCGUGGAUCUCAAGGGGAACCACAUCAGGAACCUGGAACCGUACGCUUUGAGGAUCAGCGCGGUACCACCGGACAAACCUUUGCCCGAGUUUUACAUCGGUGACAAUCAGUACCUGUGCGACUGCACCAUGGAAUGGUUACAACGAGUAAACAGGCAGAACCAGAGCAGAGUGCAGCCGAGAGUGAUGGACUUGGAGAGCAUCUACUGCGAGCUGCUCUAUGACCGCGAGCACGCGUUCGUGCCGCUGGUCGAGGCGUCUCACUCGCAGUUCCUCUGCAAGUACGACACCCAUUGUUUCGCUCUGUGCCACUGCUGCGACUUCGACGCGUGCGACUGCGAGAUGACCUGCCCGCUGAACUGCACGUGCUACCACGAUCAGUCGUGGUCCGCGAACGUGGUCGACUGCUCUAACGGCGGCCACGUGAGCAAGCUGCCCGAACAGAUACCCAUGGACGCGACCAGACUCUACCUGGACGGGAACGAUCUGAGGCUGGUCUCCAGCCACGCGUUCAUCGGCCGCAAGAAGCUCAAAGUUCUCUUCCUAAACUCAUCCAACAUCGAGAUCGUGCAGAACCGUUCGUUCAACGGUCUCAGGGACCUGGAGGACCUCCAUCUUCAAGACAACCGGAUCAGGGAGCUACGGGGACACGAGUUCGAGGGACUGGACGCGCUCAAACAGCUCUACCUCCAAAGGAACAAGAUAGUUUCCAUCGGGAACGACACGUUCGCGUCGCUGAGAUCGUUACGCGUGCUCCGGUUGGAGAACAACCGGCUGACGACCCUGGCCGUGUGGACGUUGCCCGGUUCGAUCGAAGUCAGCCUGUCCGGGAACCCGUGGUCCUGCGAGUGCGACUAUCUGCAGAGUUACCGCGAGUGGAUCCGCGAGCCGAGCGUGCAGGUGACGGACGCGUCUUCGUUGCGGUGCGUGUACAACGUGACAGAGUUCGAGGCGUUCGGUGACGAGGUGUUCGCGGACAACGAGUUUGGUUUCCUGGUGACCGGUGAGAAGGAGAAGAUCAACGAGACAGAGGUGUGCUCGGGUGCGGCGAGUAUCGAUAACGACGCGCACCGGAACUACACGAAGACCAUCAUCGAGAAACAGGUCCUGCAGGACUACCUGCCGCUGCUGGUCGCGACCCUGGUCGGCUCUCUGCUGGUCAUGCUGGUCUGCAUGCUCGGCUUCGUGUUCCGGCAAGAGUUGCGCGUGUGGUUCCACUCGCGUUUCGGCGUGCGGAUAUUCUACAGGAACCACGAGGUAGACAGGGACGACCGGGACAAGCUGUUCGACGCUUUCGUCAGCUACAGUUCCAAGGACGAAGCGUUCGUUGCCGAGGAACUGGCGCCCGUCCUGGAGAUGGGAAACCCGUCCUACAAGCUCUGCCUGCACUACAGGGAUUUUCCCGUCGGUAGCUUCAUAGCGGACACCAUCGUGCAGGCAGUGGAAUCUUCGAGGCGAACGAUCAUGGUGCUCUCGGAGAACUUCAUCAAGUCCGAGUGGUGCCGUUUCGACUUCAAGUCCGCGCACCACCAGGUGCUGCGCGACAGGAGGCGCAGGCUGAUCCUGGUCCUGGUGGGCGACGUUCAUCAGAGGGACCUGGACCCGGACAUCAGGCUAUACUUGAAGACCAACACGUACUUGCAAUGGGGCGACAAGCUGUUCUGGGAGAAGCUGCGGUUCGCGUUGCCCGACGUGCCCAACAACCAGAGGACCACGCAGAGGACGAGGCAGCCGCCACCCGUCCGACGGCAGCACAACAACAGGACGUCGAACGGAUCGCGCACCGUCUCCGUGCACAUAUGA